AGUUGUGCCGAACCGGCGAUGACGAAGAUUUCUCAAGUCUUUAAAGUCCGACAAUCUAUUGAAACGGAAGGCCGCCGUGAGAGAUUGACAAAAUGCAGAAGUGAAAACUGGAGUUAUGUUGACAGUUAUGAUUCCAACAACUACUGCUCAAUCUACAAAUCAAGGUCAAGGUUUGACAGAUCUCCUGAGGGGACACUGACUUUUAAUCCAAACAUGGAUAACAAACUUCGACUUGCAGAAAAGUCUCCUUGUCAGAGACCAGCUGUUUUCACCAGUCAAUGGGACUCUCUGGAAUCCAACACAGAGAACCUGGCCCAGGAGAGCAAACAGGAUCUUCAGAUGCACAUCGGUGAGUACAUUCUCUCCGACAUCUUCAAGGAAGAAGACUGGGGGGAUGCAGUUGCAGAUGAUACGACUGAAAAUGACCUGGUUGAAGUAGCAGCUCAAUCCCACACCAGGAUGGAACCUGGAAUCGACACCCACAGAAGUCACCUGAAGGUCAAUGAUUCCAACUCCCAACUGUGCUGUGACCCCAACUGGAGGAUGAACAAAAAAGGAGAGGCCGUCCUUUUUGAGAGUUUAAAGACCUCUACCCAGGAACAUCACCACUUUCCCAGACAAAAAUCUAGUCCGUUCCUAAGAGGAUACAAAUAUAUUACAGAUACAAGCUCAGUGGCGGUGAUGACUCCUCAUAUCGCCGCUAAUCACUGUCAGCCAUACCACCUACAUUCCCAAUACGACCCUGUUAGCGCAAUAAAAACACAACACUAUAACAAGGCUUUGUGUAUGAGCUCAUCUGAUAUUUCCACUAAAGCCGAUGGAGACAACACUUCCAAUAAUCAGUUCAAAGACGCCAUUCAGAACGGCUGUGAUGCGGAUGACAUUACGGAGCAUUCUAUCGACUUGAAAGUAUAUCAUACUGAUAACCAACAGGAAGUUGGACGAGGAUUCUUUCCAAUAUCGGUCACAACAGAAAGUCCCAAGACUCUCAGAAAGAAAAAGCAACGGAAACAAACAGGGGACCUUAUACAACGUAACAAAAUCACGUUGGGGCGAAGCGUAUCUGGUCACGGAUCCUACGUCAGCAUGCAUGCACUUAAACAGAAGACAUCUCACGCCGUGAAAGAGCUUCAUGAAACCGCAGAGGACCCGGAACUGAGACUGAUCCAAAAAACCCAUCAGUUGAAGGUCACCCAUUUCACUGAAGGAAGUAAGACACAGGGGAAUAUGGAACCUUGCUACAGAAGCAUGGAGAAAAGUCCUGAAUGCGCAGCUUCCUCAAAAUGUCAAUUCUGUGUGACGGACAAUGAACAGAGAUGGUGUCAAGAGGACUUAUUUGUUAAGCAAAGUUUAGAAAACAUCCCCACGACGCCGUCAAGUACUUCACACAGCACAGGUGCCGAUACGAAGCUGCCUCCUAUUAAGUCAAAGCUGUGCCCCGGCCAUAUUGCGAAGACAACUGACACCAUCCAUAGUCACAGCUUUGAUGGUUACUUGGCAGAGAUGGGUCAUCAGACCAGGACAAAACCUAAUUACAAGGCAUACAGCUUGAACGAAUACAAACAGCUGAAGCUAGAUGUGACACUGCAAGGACUGGGUCCUGAUUACACGGCGGUCAAAAAGAUAGCGGACAAGAUGAAACAACAGAAGCUGUAUUCAAAUGGGGUCCGUGAGAGGAACAAAAACAUAAGUAAAAUACCAUUUAUAAUGGCUAAGGACCCCGUGGGCAAAGACAAGAAGGUUCCCAGGAUUAAGGCUUUGGAGUACGCUAAGACCAUUGCCAAGCCCCGCCUUCAGCCACAGCCCAAAUCAGGUCACAAACAACAGUCAGCAGGCUCCACUGGACACGCCCCUUGCUUAGGGGGCUGGGACAUUUCACAGAUGACCACAGUGGAUCUUCUUAUGAAACGCCACCAGGAAGAAAAGGAUGCAAUCUUCAGAAAAGUGAAUGUGACUUGAGGAUCAUCUGCGAAUCGUCUUUAUAUUUGUUCUCUGAGGUGGUAAUUUAAGUGUUUUUUACGUUUUUUUAAAAGUGUUUUUACACGCUGUGUGUAUACUGGUGGACCCGCCUCCACCCACUGAGACAAAGACACUGUUUUUAAUCUCUUUCUGAUUUUAUAAGCUUUAUCAUCCUACAAAGACAUGAUCAGUCCAUCAUCAUAAGCUCAGAAAAUGUAGUUUAUCACUUCAAUUUAUUUUGAUUGCGUUAAAUAUGGAUUGAUCCCCUGUUCUCAAGUUCUUAUGAGUCACUCACUGAAGUGAAUCAGGAACUCGAUGAGCUUGUGAAUCGUUCAGUUUGUCAAUUCUGUGAUGCUGAGGCAGAAAAGAGCCUAUUUGAGGCUGAUUUUCCAUUGCAUACUGUAUUUAUACAAAUACAUUUAAGAUUACGGCUGUAGCAAUUAAUAAACGAUUAAUCAAUGAUCAAUUAAUCAUACUCUGAUUUCAGAGUCUCAACAAUGAAUGUUUUAAAAUCCCCUUAGUAAGAUAUCAAAAAAUGGACCUCAUGUCUUUGUAACUUACAAAAAAAAACCGGGAGGGAUCAAAUAAUUAUUGCCCCCAUACAUACGGUAGGAGAGGAUGAUAAGAUAUGGAAUAUUUUUGGGGUCACUCUGCAGGAAGACUCCAAAGUCGCGUGUCAGAAACUGAAAUAAAACUAAAAUAAAAAAGAUGCACAAUAACGAUGCGCACAAUAUUAUUAAUUAAAUUGACGUUCAAAGUUAAAUAAAUCUGAAUCAAAUCAGACCAUUAUGUAUUAUUUAUAUUCAAAUUAAGCAUAAUAAUUAACCAAAACUAUUCAUUAGAUAUCAAGCACCGUGUCGCUUGUUUUUUUCGAGGAGAUGUUCACUAGCGUUUCGCCUACUUUUGUGGAAGUAGCUCUUAAUUUAGCCGGUCCGGUGAGCUUCCCACACAGUGGGAAUGAAAGGAUCAUAACUACACAGAACACUUAACAUGGUCAUGGUGGCGGAUGAAAAGAUCACACCCGAGGACUCAAACAGGGCAACUACUAAUACGGCGUAGAAUGAUAAAUAACUCACUUGGACUCAUUCAAAAUUAUAUUGAUUUAUAAUUACAUAAAUUAGUGUUGCAUUUAUGUUGAAUGUAUUUGAUUCAAUAUAUUAAGUGAAAUAAACAUGACGACAGAAUCAUUUAUUACAAUUCAAACCAAUAGAUUUAUGUUGUAUCAUACAUGGGAAAAAUAAUAAUUGUUAUUUUUAUUUAUAUAAUGUGCUCUAUGUGAUUAUUACUGUUUUGAAACUUGCAUUAGCUCAGUUGAGGUUACACACUAGUAUGUAAACAUUGUGUUAUUAUCUUCUACAGUACAUCUUUUUCUUUCUAAAUUGUUUCAUUAAAUGUCUCUGUUAAUUAAAUUGAUCAUUAUUGGGCAAGAAUUUUCAAUUUCAUUUUCAUGCAAAACAAGGUCAUCAAUGCUAAUCCAUGCUAAUGAAUAAUAUAUCCACUCAUGCUUUUGAUGCUAAUACAAUGAGUGGUCUGUUAAUGAAUGACAUCAGUGAUCAUCUACCUGUGUUUACA